CCUCAACAGUUAGGCCUACAAGUAUAAAUCUAAGAUAUGGCAAAAUUAAGGAAAUAUGGAACCAUACCUCUGUAUGUAGUGGAAGACCACAAUGAAGUUGUACCAUUCAUACACAGAGCUAUAGGUGGACGAUACCUACCUAUGUCAGACAUCAUCUUUGUGCAUUUUGAUUCUCAUCCAGAUCUACUCAUCCCAGCAGAACUUAAGGCUGAUGACAUUUUCAACAAAGAUAUCCUUUAUGAGAGUCAAAGCAUAGAAAACUGGAUACUACCAAUGGUUUAUGCAGGACACAUCAGUAAUGUUAUCUGGUUUAAACCUCCCUGGUGUGAACAGAUCAGAGACAAGACAAUUCAGUUUGAUGUCGGGAAAUGUUCCUCAACAGGUUAUCUCAGAACCAGCUGUAAGGAAAGUUACUUCGUCAGUGAGACGUUAUAUAGGCCAGCAGAAAAUCUUCUCAACAGAAAAUCUCUCACUUUGACUGUCAUAACGGUUCAACCAACCAACUGGUCAGAAAAACAAUCAAUAAAUACAUGCCAACAAAAUGGUGUAGGUAAUGGACAAAAAGAGAGAAAUAUGUGCCAUUCAGAUGAGAAAACUAAAUCAGAAGUUAAAGAAGAUCUUCAUAAAAAUACAGAUGUUUUGAGUCAAGGAGAGUCUUGCAAACUGGACACUGGAAGUAAACGUGUUUAUGACACAGAUACAUUACAUUCAGAUGUUUGCCAUGAAAGUAUUUGUCCGAAGAAAAAGCAACGACUAAGCCCAAGUGAAAACAGUGAUAGUAGUCCAUGUAACCUAAGUCAGGAAUCAUUGUCACAUGAACUCAUUUUAAAGUUGGAAAAUUUAUUUGAAAAUUUCAAAGAUCGUCACAUUGUUUUAGAUAUAGAUUUAGAUUUUUUUUCAACUAAAAAUCCAUUUCAAGAGUUGUAUAGCCCAAGACAGUUUCAGCUACUACAGGACCUGUAUGUGUAUUCCAAGCCUACAGAUGACUCAGAUGAGGCCAUCACAAAAUGUGUAGAAGAAAGAGAGGCCCAACUGUCUGAGCUAAAACAGAUAUUGCAGUCAAUGGGGGAUAACCCAGGUGUGAUUCCAAAACAUGACAGAUCUGAGCUGAUCCUAACUCUGGUUGAAGACCUAAGACAACAUUUUGGAGAAGAUGGUGUGGACUUUGGGUUACUACAUGAUGCUGGCUGUACAUGUGAUGAUACAGAAUUGCCUCAUCAUGUCAGUAGCCAGGAGCAGAUAACUCUCCUAGUAGACUCUGUUCAGGAACUACUGUGUCACAUGCACAAACCAACUAUUAUCACUAUGGCGAGAUCCAGUAACGAUGACUACUGCCCUCCAGAUCAAGUGGAUUACAUACAGGAUCAGACCCUUGAAAUCUUACAAGAUCUUUACUUAAAGCUCAAUCUUACUGCAUCUUAUUGACCAGGAAAUCUAACAAAUUCUCUACACAAAGCUCAACCUGACUGCAUCUUAUUGACCAGGAAAUCUGACAAAUUCUCUACACAAAGCUCAACCUGACUGCUUCUUUUUGACCAGCAAUCUCACAAAAUCUCUACCCAAAGCUCAAUCUGACUGCAUCUUAUUGACCAGAGUCUUACAAGCUCUGUAUCUGACUUUCAAGCUGACUGCAUUUGAUUGAUCAAGACUUUUGACCAGAUCUCUACCUGAAGAUGUGAUACUCAUCCGAAAUAUUCUAAAGUGAUCAGAUUCUGAAGAAAACAUCACUACAACUCAUAUCACCUGUGUUAAAAUUUUAUUAUAUAAAACUUAAAAUAUUAA